CGCGACGGUGGCGAUCCAGUCUGCCGGUGCCUGUCCUCUUUGACGUGUGUCUGCCGGUCUGUAAAUAGACAGCGUUACGAGGCUCUCUUUCCCUCAACUCGUCAAAAUUGAACAGUAAAAAACAGCGCCAUGAAGACCAUCGUUUGUGCUACCUUCUUCUUUUUCGGACUCAUUUCUGUUGGACUGGCCGUGAAAUGCUACGAGUGCAACUCCCACGAAAUGCCGGAAUGCAAAGACAUGUCCUCCAAAGCCCUGCAAUCCCUGGUCGAUUGUGACUCCAAGACGAACGACACUCACGUGUACACCCUGUGCCGCAAACUGCACAUGUUCAUGGACGAACAAGUCGGAGAGAACCUGAAAGAGAACCGCAUCCACCGCGCAUGCGGCUACGUCGAGGACGAGGACAUGUACAAGCGCGGCAACUGCUACUACAAGAGCGGCUACAACACGCGUACGUGGGUCUGCUCCUGCAAGGACGAUGAGUGCAAUGCUGCCAGCACCACCCUCGUCUCCCUGGCCGGGCUCGUCUCGCUCCUUGUCGUCGCUCGUCUCAUGUAAAACAGUCGCCGAGAACAAGUAUUCAAGAGGAUUUAAAUACAUUGUUAUUGAAGACGAUGGAUUAUAGAGUGUCUAUUUAUAAGAAGUAAAAAACUAGGUUCGUGAUUGAAAAUGAUAGUUGUUGUCACUGAAUCUUAGUAAUCAUUCAAUUAAACUACAUUGUAAGGAAGUUUUUAUGUCACGUUAUGGAAUGAGUUUAUAUAUUUCGUUAGAGCAGCACGUGGCUUGACAUGGGGAAUGGACAGGUAUGAUUCAUGAGACAAAAUUGACGUAUUUAAGUGAAGUUUUUCUUCAAUCCAGGACGAGUUCGUGAUGGAAAUUUCCAGAACAUUCGAUUUCGGUAAUUUUUCAAAAUUUUCAGAUUAUUGGAAUGGUUAAGAAUGUGUUAAUGAUUUAAAUGUGCUUCGUUUUUUAGUCAGAUUUCAGUUGACUUUUGUUCCUCGUUUGAUGAUAGUAAAAUUUUUUCAAAUGAAGUCGUGCAAAUCCGAUUAGAAUUGAUGUUGUUUCUGCUGCUUCGUCACGUACUGAAAGAUUGGCAUAGGCGAGGCCAUGUUUACUGCCAUGACACUAAAUAUUCCGCGCGAUGUGCAUGGGAAGCUUUUGUGUCGAUGUGUUCCUGACAGACGCUGUGCAUUCAUGCUCUUGUUGCCUCAAUAAUAACCGCUAAUACUAGCAAGGUUUAUACAAAGUCAGAAUAGACUAGAGAAAUAUGCACAAAAAAUCGCUGAAACGCCACAAUUUAGCCCGCAAUUUGUCUUUGAUGUCAUUGUUGAGCCCACGAAUCGCUUUGUUGACCUGAUACCAAGUUUCAUAGAGCAAAGUAUCGGUUUUCAAUAAGUAGAUAAGAUUAACAUGCACAAAAAUAUUCAUGGUUGUUGUCUUUUAGAGAGAUAUUUACUCGUAUCGCUUAAGCUAGGAAUUGAAUGAGAGCCGCGGGAAGCGAUGGCAUUUGUUCGAUGUUCUUCCACCAUGUACCUCUGCGCCAUGCUAUUCUCUCUCUGGGUUUCUUCUUUGUCUAACCCCUCGGGUACUUCUGUCGCACCCCUGGGUUUCUACUUUGUCUAACCCCUCGGUUACUUCUGUAGUACCCCUGGGUUUCUUCUUUGUCUAACCCCUCGGUUGACUCCGUCGAACCCCUGGGUUUCUUCUUUGUCUAACCCCUCGGUUGCCUCCGAGGAACCCCCGGGUUUAUUCUUUUUCUAACCAGUCGGUUACUUCUGUCGCACCCUGCUCUACCCACUCAGCCGAGACCUUCGGUUCCUUUUCGUCAGCAACUUCUGAACUGGUGACGAUAAAACAGUUGAUAAUACAUAUAAUGCACAGCGAAUGACAUUAUAAUAAAUGACGGAAACAAGUAAAGCACGUAGAACGCCUUUAUCCUAACUUAUUUACUUCCAAGCCAAAGUAGCUGCAAGCUUUAUUUAUCCACUUGCUGCCAGUAUCGCAUCGCAAGCUUUUCAAUUUAAAUAUUUUAAUGACUUCACUUUAAUGAAUUACCAGACUUCACUUGAUUAGCAAGCAGUAUUGCAUUCACUGGGAAUCCAAAAUUCUCACUUCGGGAAAUAUUUUUCAAAACACUAAAAUAGAAUAUGAAUUCCUGGAGUUCCCGACAAAAUACCUAGCAUUACGAUCUUUUAUGUAAAAGCAAAGCAUUCCUAUUUUUACACGAGACUCUCAGUAAUUGAACUUGAUUUACUUAAAUGUGAAGGCAGUACUCAUUUUUUUGCUCGUCAUGCCUUACUGAGGAAUUUGUUACCGAACGUGAGCGGCAAAUGCGUAAUCAUUGUACGUGUAAUACGUCCUGCAGUGUCUAUGUUCAUACAAAAUAUUUUUUACAUCAACUCUGCUAUUUAUAAGGGUAUCCACACAGUGAAAGCAGGUUUGCCCGCGCGGGCAACCUUCUCCAACCUGCCAC